UCUCAUCAAGUAAUAUACCUGGUUCUAAAGGGACCCCUUCAAUACUAUUAACAAGAGAUUCUUCAUCUUUUUCAUUGUCUUCAUUAUUAUUAGAUCAUAAUCAACCUUUAUCAAGCAAUAUAACUUCUAGCUUAUCAGGACGUAUUGCUGAUAAUGAAAUAAAUUUACACAAAGUUCGAGAUUGGUUAAAAAAUUUUGAAGAUAAUCUUUUACAAGCUAAAAAAACAAUAGCUGAACGUGAUAGAGAAUUACAAAAUAUUCAGAAUACUUUGAAAGACGCAGAAACCUUAAAUGAAAUAUUACAAGAAGAUCUUGCUAAAAUAACAGAAAAGUCUCGAUCACUUUCUGGUGGCUUCUCUAGUGAGAAAGUUUCUAUUGAAAUAUUAUAA